AUGCACCACGGGCCCAUCCAUGCCGCCGAGCUCGAGAAGAUGCAGCGGCGGCUUUGGCAUCGGGUGGUCUACUUGGUACCCACAAGCCCGGCUCCAUCAGAAGAUGGAAUGCUUUUCAGCUGGGGCUGCACCUUUACAAAGACCCAGAACCGCAAGGACCUGGGCUAUGUCAAUGGGAACCUGCACAAACCGUUCCUCGCAGCGUUGACCUCGAAGGUCAACGAGUUGGCGGAGUACUUUCAAGCUGAGCGCGUCAUGGCGAUGGGGUACAGCAUGGGUGGCUUCGGAGCCCUCCAGCUUGGCUCCUUCGCGCCUGAGUCCUACGACGCAGUUGUUUCCGUGGCCGGGUAUGGCAUGGGCACACUGGAGCCCACGGAGCGCUCGGGCGCUCCGCAGCCCAAGGGGCGAAAUGUGUUCCAGUGGUUCUUGGACAACUCCAUCUCUCAUCUUGCGGAUGUGCCAGUGGUUCUCGGCAUCCACGCCCCAAGCGACACGAUGUCCUCCUUUGCGGAUGCAGCUCAGCUCAGUCUGCGGGGUUGGAAGCUCAUGAAGCAUGUAGAGCUUAGAGCUUUUCCUUUCCUUCUAAGAUUCUAG